AGAAAGAGGGAGAAUUAAAGAAAGAAUUCUCCUUUCCAAGAACUAUUUGAAAAACCCACCUCAUUUAUUUUCAAUCUCAGACAAAGAAUUGUCAGGAGUUAGAAUCUCCAAUGGCAAAACUCAGAGACUUUUUUUGCUUUCUGAGGUCUUAACCAUCCAAAGUCAUGAGAAGUCCCUUUAAAAAAAAAAUGAAAUACUGUAUUGUGAAUCUUGAAAUCUGAAACCGAGAAACAGAAUUGCAGGGGAAAGAAGGAGGAAAACCUUGAACUCUUCCAGACAAUUGCUUCCAGGGGAGUUUCAGAAAGAAAAAAGAAGCAGCAAAAAGCAGAGCAGAACUUUGAAUGGCUUAUUUGUGAGGAGAUUUCAGGAACUUUCUGAAGACCAUUCUUUCCUCUUUUCUGGAUAUAAUGGCUAUUGUGGAGCAAAGAGCCCUUAGGAUUGGCUUCAAGUGUCUCUCUUUAGCUACUUUUGUGCUUGUUUGUGCUGGACAAGGUGGAAAUAGGGAGAAUGGGGGUCCCGCCUGCUAUGGAGGAUUUGACCUAUACUUCAUUUUAGACAAAUCAGGAAGUGUCCUGCACCACUGGAAUGAAAUCUACUAUUUCGUGGAACAUCUGGCCCAUAAAUUUAUAAGCCCUCAGUUGAGGAUGUCAUUUAUAGUGUUCUCAACUAGAGGUUCAACCUUAAUGAGGCUAACUGAAGACAGAGAACAGAUUCGCCAAGGCUUAGAAGAGCUACAAAAAGUCCUGCCUGGAGGAGACACAUACAUGCAUGAAGGGUUUGAAAGGGCCAAUGAGCAGAUUUAUUAUGAAAAUAUUCAAGGCUACCGGACUGCCAGUGUCAUCAUUGCUCUGACAGAUGGAGAACUUCAUGAAGAUCUUUUCUUUUAUGCAGAGCAAGAGGCUAACAGAUCCCGAGACCUUGGUGCAACUGUCUACUGUGUUGGGGUGAAAGAUUUCAAUGAAACCCAGCUGGCUCGAAUUGCUGACAGCAAGGACCACGUAUUUCCUGUAAAUGAUGGCUUUCAAGCUCUGCAAGGAAUCAUAGACUCAAUUUUGAAGAAAUCAUGCAUUGAAAUUUUGGCAGCUGAACCUUCAAGUAUAUGUGCAGGAGAAUCAUUUCAAGUUGUUGUGAGAGGAAAUGGAUUUCGUCACGCCCGCAAUGUGGACAGAGUACUCUGCAGCUUCAAGAUCAAUGAUUCAGUCACGCUCAACAAGAAGCCUUUUACUGUGGAAGAUACUUAUUUGCUCUGUCCAGCUCCCAUCUUAGAAGAAGUUGGCAUGAAAGCUGCACUUCAGGUCAGUAUGAAUGAUGGCCUCACCUUCAUCUCAAGCUUUGUCAUCAUCACCACCACACAAUGUUCAGAUGGUACCAUCCUGGCAAUCUCUCUGCUGAUCCUCUUCCUGCUUUUGGUCCUGGCUCUUCUCUGGUGGUUUUGGCCGCUUUGCUGUACAGUGAUUAUCAAAGAGCCUCCUCCAGUCCCAGUAGAGGAAAGUGAGGACGAAGAAGAGGAUGGAUUACCUAAGAAAAAGUGGCCAACAGUAGAUGCUUCUUAUUAUGGCGGUCGAGGAGUUGGAGGCAUUAAGAGGAUGGAGGUUCGAUGGGGAGAAAAGGGAUCUACAGAAGAAGGAGCCAAGCUAGAGAAGGCCAAGAAUGCCCGCGUCAAGAUGCCAGAGCAGGAGUAUGAAUUCCCUGAGCCUCGAAAUCUCAACAACAACUUACGCAGGGCUUCUUCUACAAGGAAGUGGUAUUCGCCAAUAAAGGGAAAACUUGAUGCCUUCUGUGUCCUGAUACGGAAAGGUUAUGACCGGGUGUCAGUGAUGCGCCCGCAGCCUGGUGAUACGGGACGAUGCAUCAAUUUCACUCGAGUAAAGAACCAACCACCUGCCAAGUAUCCACUGAACAAUGCCUAUCGACCCCCUUCUCUGCCUCCUGCCCCCAUUUAUACUCCCCCACCUCCUGCUCCCCUCUCAACUCCCCCACCCCCUAGCUCUCCCACCCCACCAACACCAAACCCACCUUCCAUACUUCCCCCGCCCCCUCAUGCCCCACCGCCAAACCGAGUGCCACCCCCCUCUCGCCCCCCACCUCGGCCUUCUAUCUAGAAUCCAGAAUUCAUCCUUUCAGUUCUCAGAUGCCUUGGGGACAAAAGCCCCUCUGCAGUAUUAUAGCAUACACUUUAAAGUCAAAGAGGGCUUUCCCCCCAAUGGGUGGCAAUCAAAAAAAUCACAUACAUACUUUUUUAAAAUUCAGAAGCAAUAAUAAACUGAUAACUUCAGGGUCAGCCAAAAGCCAAAGAGAAAAUUUAAAGUGCCUUUUAAAAAGCAAGCUGGCAGAGUGACAAUAAAAAGAAUGUUGUUAUCUAAUCUUCACCUCUGGAAGGAGGCCAUUAUGAGAUUCCCCUCACCCCACCCCCAGAGUCAGAAGAGAAUUAGCAUGUUCUUCUAAUUAUCAGGAUGUAAUCCUAUAUUUCAUGGACUCAUUCACUGUAUUUCAAUGGCCUAAAUGGGAAUAGAUCCCAUGGAGACUCACAAGGAAGUCAUUUCCUCAAAAAUGAAAUGUGACAUGUGAUUAGAAACCAUAUUCCUGGAAUUCUCAAUGAGUUCUUCCCAACUCUACUGCACCCCAUGCCUACUUUAGCCUUGAGACUUCAGGAAUUAAAUAAUCAUUUGACUCUUGCAGAGUUGUAACACAUCUUCUCAAUCAAAGCAGGGUUUUGUUUUUGUUUUAUAUUGAUUUCUAGCAAGAAUCAGUAGGCAUAGAAGUUUGAAACUCCAUUAGUGGGUAUCUGAGAAGUGUACCCUCAAAGAGGCAUCAGACCAGAAGAGUUACAAUGAAGUGGAAGCAAGUGUUUGUUGAUAAGAGUUGGAUAUGUUACUUUGUAGAAGUGGAAAUUAAAUUUAAAGUGUCGUUCAGAGGAGAAUCAGCAUGUGUAUAAAAGGGGAACAAGUAGCUUCAAAAAUAGAAUGAACCCCAGAAUGGUAGAGCUGCAAGAGACCAAAUUCUUCAUUUUACAUAUAAGGAAACUGAGGCUUACAAAAGUUCAGUAACUUUUCCAAGUCACAUAGAUACUAAAUAUAGAUAAUAAGCCAAGAGUCAGAUCCAGGUCCUCUUGAUUGUAAAUCCAGUGCUUUUUCCAUUUAAAUAGACUUUGUACAUGGCCAAGAAAUUACUCAGGAAAGGGAUCAACCAUUUCAAUUGCAUUGAAAAAGUUCUUCUCAAGACCUGUGGCUCAUGAGGAAUUAGGAAUACCCCAACUUUCAAUCAAAUAGCUCCUCUUUCUUAGCCCUAAUAAUUUAACAACUUUCAUUUAUGUCCAGAAUCACAGGUUAGCUAGGCUUGCAGAGAUGUGUGGCAUGAAAAAAUAAUCCAUUUUGAAUUUAUUUUCACAAAUUGAAAUUAUCUUCCCAAAAGGUAAUCAUUAGGACUGGUUCCCAUAAUACCAUCAAUUUUUUAAAGUUUUCAUUUCAGAGCUGGGAUUUAAACUGAACCUUUAAUUUAUAAAUGAUUACAGGGUAGGUUUGGGGGAAGUAGAGGGGUAGGAUAGAAGAAGAGGCAUGGGGGAUGUUUGCUGUUGGAAAAGGAUUAUUCCCAAGCCCUUUGAGUAAUAUGAAUACUAUGAAAGUGUUUUAUGUAUAUAUAUAUAUAUAUAUAUAUAUAUAUAUAUAUAUAUAUAUAUAUUUCUUUUCUAGUGUCCAAGAUAAUCACAUCCAUUCAUUAUCUGUUAGCCAAGGUGAGGUCAGGCCAGAUGUGCUAUGUAGAAGUAGGUCAGUAAGGAAUGCACUGCCUGCAAUUUCACAAACAGGCCUUGGGCCCACCCAGCUCUAUGGCCUAACCUAGAAAGGGCUAUAAGUUAACUUUAUGAACAUCUGCCUUCGUUACACAAUGCCAGAAGUCAGGAUAGCUCCCAUUGAUAUUCCUUCCCCCUACCCAAUUUUCCUUCUCUUUUCCUCCAGGCUGAGAUUAUUACAUAAUUAUACUUAGGCAUUUUAAUGUGAGGAGGACACAUCUUUUCAAAAUAACUCUAACCUCAAAUAAUUUACUGUGAUAGCUGAAAUUCCUACUAUUCACUUCUUUUGGUACCAUAAUAUUACCUGGGAAUUUCACAUUAAAAAUUUGACUUAGAUUAGCUAAGAAUCCAUUAUUUCACUGGGGAAUGUGGAAUUUGUAAUCUACCUGAUGUAUAGUAAUUAAGUCCUAAGAACUACCCAAAGUACAUAGAGAUUAAGUGACUUUCCUGGGGCUAGAUAACUGCUAAAUCAAAAUUUCAUGUAGCUAUUAAGUCAGUGAAUUGAACUAAAGUGUUCUUGAUUCUAAACCCAAUAUGCAUUCCAAUAUAUUGCGUCUGUUGUUUGAACUAAUAUAUCAAAUUAUACUCACAAUCCUAAAAAGUCAUCUAACCCCCAUGUUUUACAAAAGUAAUCUUCCCAAUUUUGCCUAGAGCUAGCCCUGCCUCUUUGGAAAUCAUAGAAUAUCAGUUCUAAAAGGGACUUCAGAGCAGAAACUAAAGACUAUCAGAGCUAGAACUUGAAAUUCAGUAUCAGAAGUGAAAAGAACCUUAGAAAUGAUUAACCCAAAUUCCUCCACAGUUGAAAACUGAAGCCCAGAAAGGGGUCAUGGUUUAUCUAAAAAGAGAGUGAAAGUCAAGAUCUAUUGUCUACUCACUCCUAUCCCAGGACCCCUGCUAUGACACCAUGCUGCCAUAUACCCUACAAGGAAUUUUUCAGGAUUUCCUUUACCACAGGUUUCAAAACGUUUGGCAGAUUGUUUUUCCCCUUUCCCAUUUCCAGAGCAAACUUCGCCUUCUGCUUUUUAUAAACAUCAUUUUGGAAGCCAGACGUUCCAAUGCUAGCCACAGUGAUAUCACUGAACACUGGAUCUCACAUAUCAGCUGUCAUAUUUUGUAGGAAAGGAAACCUCUCAAGGACUCCCAAGCCCUUGAGGUUGAAGAUAAUCAGCCCCAUCAAACUGUUUUGUCUGCUGGCAGCACAGAACAGUAUCUUUUCCCAUCACCCAAGUGGUAGUGGUCCCUGCCACAGCAGUAGCAAACACUUCUCUUCUUCUUCAAUGGGCUGCCUAGUACAACCCUUCUAGUAUUGGUGCUAGAGAUUUCAGAAGUAGGGAUAAUGCCCUUCCUCAAAAGCAUGUUUCCCCUGAUCUAUGUCAGCCAUCUUUUUUGGUGUACCAAAGUGCACAGUAUUUGUGCUGUGGGAAUGUGGAAUAAUCAGUCUCACAAAGGAUUGUCAGUGUUUGUUCUUCAAAUGUGAAAUUAAAAAAAAACAACUUUGUGAAAAUGACCUUCCUCCAAAAAAAUAAUAAAUAAUGUAGCAAUGAUGUCACAUGAUGUCCCCAGUCAUUCAGAAUGGCUGGGUGUGGGGAAUGGGAAUUUAUAUACACUGUAGUGAUUGAACCUGUGUUUUAAAAAGCUAUUAAAUACAGAAAAGUCAUCAACCAUUUUGUAAAACCUGUCAGGACAUACUAGAAUCAGCAUUUCUAUAUGAAAGAAGCAAAGGAUAUACAAUUAUGAUCAUGAAAAUAAACAAAAUGAUUUUCAAAGCCCAUGUUGGAGUCCAGUUCCAAAUUCAUGUUGUAUAUAUUCUUAAUGCAUGCUUACCAUAUGUUAGAUGGAAGCAUUUCCUAUCCAAUGUGGAUAAAGAGAACGGUUGUAGUAAAUUAUUAUAAAGUCAGUGAUAUUUCACGGCAGGUACCAAGCUGUGCUUGUUUGUUGUCUCAUGAUUGUAUUGCUUUUUUUAUAUAAAUGUACAAAUAUUUACUAAAGGGACGAGAACCUAUUUUGCAUAAUAUUAAUUGGGAUGGACUGUUAGUCCCAAUCUGCCUUUAACAAGUCAAACUAGCUUGUGUGUAGCCUGGGAUUUAGGGAUAUCAACAUGUGUCAUAAUCACAUACCAGCUUUACCACCUAAAAGUCCUCAAACUUUUUAAAUAGGAGGCCAGUUCACUGUCCCUCAGACUAUUGGAGUGCCGGACAAUGGUAAAAACAAAAACUUUGUUUUGUGGGCCUUUAAAUAAACUUCAUGGCCCUGGGUGAGGGGGAUAAACGUCCUCAGCUGCCGCAUCUGGCCCGCCAGAUGCCCGCAGACGUACUUUGAGGACCCCUGUAAUUAAGUCAUAAGGGCUUGAAUAGAUAAAUGGAAGGGUUAA